UACACGGGCCCAUAAAGGGUUAAUAUUGCACACAAUUGUCAUUAGGCCCUGAAAGAGUAGGAGUGAGGAACAGAGAGGAGGAGAGGAAAUGGAUUAGAGAGAAGCGAGAUCCUGUGUAAAAAUACAGGAGCAAGCAAGCAAGAGAAAGGGAAUUAAGAAGGUUAUUGAACAGACUCCUCCUCGACGAUCAGCGGCAGUCGCUUCGUGGACUCAGAAGCGAGCAGCCGCGAUAGCCACUAAGAAUCACUAAUCGGCCGCUCAAGAUCGCGAUUACAUCACGAUCUCCCGAGAACAGGACUGAUCGACGCGCGGGUGGACGGAUCAACGUUGGCGCUUCCUCCUGAAUCAUCGCGCGAGACUGCAACUCACUCGAGUCUCGGAAGUAGCUUAUCCACUCUCGUUCGCUCGCUCAUGCAAGGACGACGAUGAAAUUACUCGCCGUGGCUUCCUGAAGAACGAGACUUGUCUGCAAAUUGAAGCGCGAGAAGAACUCGGUCGGCCAUGAUAUCGACCGUGAUCUUGAACGCGUUGCGGCUGUCACUGCUCCUGAUGAUCGCUGGUGUUUCCAUCACGGACGAAGAACACAUUUUCAGGAUCGUCCGACGUGGAGGUGUCCGCCGACAGCUACCGCCGUAUGACAGCGGCAAUGAGAGCUCCGCAUUGUUAACUGGAGAGCUCGAGUUGCUCCAGCCGACGAUCGACGCGAUCCGCGACGAUACUUGCAGAAGCGAAUGCCGGUCCGUUUUGGCAGGUCUACACAACCUGACCGGAUGGGCGGUGAAGUUUUACGACGCUAGCGCGAAAAUUCCGACGGGUGUGCUAGCGGGUUCCGUUUAUCAGUUGGGCAACUUCGACGAGUGCCUGGACCUGGGUCUCGACGACGGUGCACCGGCGGGUAUUCGCGGGCGAUACUGCCUGAGCGAAGUCGACGUCCAAGUGCCCGAGAUUUAUCUCGGUAAGAACGGUUCUAUAUGGGAGGCUUUCAGAAGCGCCGAGGAACGGUAUCGGGAACCGAUAAGGAAAUUGUACUGGGCUAUCUGCUUGCCGGCCGGAUGCGCGGCGGAGGAUAUCGAGGAGGUCGCUCAGAGGAUUCUGGACGCGGCCUUCAGCGACUCUCGUCUGAAGCUGACGGUCGCGACGUCCGAGACGUCGUGUUACAAGGACGAAUUCGAGGCCGUCGGUACGCUGGAUAUUGUUUACAUAUGCGUGAUCCUGUCUAUAGUUUUAAUAGUCCUCGGUGGCACCAUGUUUCAUGCCGUCUGCUUAAGAAACAAAGAUAAAAUACCGGACGGAAUCUUGCCCACCAUUCUGAUUUCAUUCUCUCUAAUAUGGAAUCUGAAGAAACUUUUCAGCCCCUCGCGCGUCGACAACUUAUAUAUCGACUGUGUCGCCGGUAUAAAAUUUCUCUCAAUGAUAUUCAUCGUCGCCGGGCACGCGCUCGUAUUCAUCAUGAGUGGUCCACUGUUAGAUAAAAAGUUUUACGACAAGGCGAUAAGCAGGAUCGAGAAUUCUGUAUUCACCAAUAAUGCUCUGCUGGUCGACACGUUUCUUCUGUUGAGCGGUUUUCUCCUCUGCAAAAUACUUCUUCAAGAACUCGAUAAGAAGAAAUCGAUUAAUUUUCUUCUCUUAUAUGCCGUACGUUACAUCAGAUUAACACCAGCCUACUUGGUAAUAAUAGGCCUGUAUGCCACGUGGUUGACACAGCUGGAUCGUGGUCCGCUUUGGUCUAUGAUGAGACGUGAGAAAGAGAAGUGUUUGGCUUCGUGGUGGACUAAUCUUCUAUACGUAAAUAAUUACGUCAGCACGGACAAAAUAUGCAUGUUCCAAUCAUGGUAUCUCGCAGUGGAUACUCAACUUUUCAUAUUAGCACCGGCAAUCAUAUAUCCUUUGUGGAGAUGGCGCAAAAUUGGAAAAUGUUUGCUCAUCGGUGUAACAGCGAUUUUGAUGGCAAUACCGUUCGCGAUAACGCUUCUCGACAAUUUGGAUCCAACAUUGAUGGUUUACUCGCGUGAAAUUAAAGACACUGCAACCAAUCACUUCUUCAUGAACUCUUAUAUUAAAACCCACAUGAGGGCAGAAUCGUACUGCAUUGGCCUUGUAUGUGGCUACAUCGCUUAUCGGCUGCAAGCGGACAAACGUCAAUUGUCGAAGAUAAUUGUCAAAUUCGGAUGGUUAUUUGCAACACUGUCGCUGCUGAUAUCGAUGUUCUCCAUCACCGUAUUUUAUACUGUAAGAAAGGACUUUACUGGAGUCGAGGCCGCCAUAUAUGCACCUCUGCAUCGAUUUUUUUGGUGCACGGGUAUUGGUUGGAUUUUAAUUGCAUCUAUUACUGAUAACGCGGGACCCAUACGAGAUUUUUUGAGACAUAGAGUGUUUGUCGUUCUCAGCCGAUUGACAUAUUCCGCGUAUUUGGUAAAUGGUCUUGUCGUGUUACACAGCACGGCGACCCUGCGAACGCCACAGUAUCUAAAUAAUUUUCAAUUAUUACGCACGGUAUUGUCGCAAAUAAUGCUUACUUUCGGUGGAGCCGUCAUGCUGUCGACAAUGUUCGAAUCACCGAUACUUCGUCUUGAGCAGAUGUUUUUGCGAAAAGAGAAGCAAACACCGAAGCACAAUCCCGAUAAGAGAAUUGAUGCGUCCAACACUUAACGUAAGACGUGAGAAAUAAAACGCUCGUCU